UUUUUUGUUUGUUUGUCAAUGACAGCUAGGCUUCACAUGGUAUGCGCUAUUGGUGGAUCAACUUAGAAAUGCCCAUGUGCCAGUCUUACAAUACUCCCAUCUCCAGAGAUGAGACUAAAGAGCAACUCUUGUGUUGAGUCUUGACUGGAAGCUAGGUGGAAGCAUCAAUCUCUUAGCUGCUGCUUGCCGGAGGUAGCAAAAUGGCUCUAGCAUGGUUGGAAGAUUGUGUGGAUUGGUUGAGUGUCUAUGUGUACCGGAUAGUGCUGCUUCUCAGCUUACUCAUGUAUCUUAUCCUUGACGUCUUCUCUGAGAGCCGCCGGCGUGAAGGCAAAGGUUGGAAGAGAGGGUUAUUCUGGUUGGCAUACCAGCUGACUGACUGGGUCCCGGCAUAUGUCAUCAGCAACCUGUACCUUGAAACCUCGCCGCGCGAGAAGAUGAUCAUCGCCUUCUGGGUGCCGUUCCUGUUGCUGCACAACGCUCGCCCGGACAACAUCAGCGCCUACACCAUCGAGGACAAUGAGCUCUGGCUGCGCCUGUUCGUGUUUGUUCCCUUGCAGUCCCUGGGAUCCGUACUUAUUGUGUACAGGUAUAUACUCGCUGACUGCACUACUGGGUUGUUGCGUCAGGCGUCUUUCAUCAUGUUAUUGCUGGGCCUUUUCAAGUAUGUGGAGAGUGCGGCGGCGCUAUGGCUAUGCAAUUUGAGCCGCAUACGGAGGUCAUUCAGGAAGCUGCAGCCAAUUGCCAGUAGCUUCAGACGUGAUUAUGGUGGAAGCAGGAAUCUGAAAGAUGAGGAAGCCUUGUUGGUUGCUCAUGGCCUUUUCGAUAUCUGCAAGGGUGCCUUUUCUGAUUACUCGGUGGAGUACAUGGAUCGUGAUGCCGUCAGAAGCUUGUUCUCUGGUAAAUGGGAGAGUAUGUGCAAGGUGGUGGAGAUGGAACUCUCUCUUAUGUAUGACAUCCUCUACACCAAGGCCGCCAUGGUCUACACGUGGCAUGGCUAUGUCAUCCGUCUAGCCUCGCCGCCCUUAACCGCCACAGCGCUCUUUCUUUUUAGCCUCCAAUGCAAAGACGGCAUGAGAACAGAAGAUAAAGUUAUCAGUUAUGUAUUACUGGGGACGACCUUCCUCCUCGAUUUGAGAUGGCUGCUCAGAGCACUAGCUUCAACCUGGACAUACUCAUUCUUCAAGGGGCCACACAGUUGGUUGAAUCAUCAAGUUUUGUGCCGAAAGAGAUGGCACAAGCUCCGUCGCUGUGUCUUGUCCCUGUCUCUCUCCCGCCUCUCCUUGUGGCUGUGGACACGUGAUUGUGCCAAGAAGCACAAAAGCUAUAGGAGGUGGGAGGGUACCUUCGGGCGGCGCAACUUGUUGGAGCAGUGUAGUGGUGGGGAAAGGAACAAUCUAUAUAGCAUAUCUAGGAUGGAGCUUGAAUCGAAAGACCACUCGAGGGGCCUUGAGAUUCCAGACUAUGUCAAGAAGCUGGUGUUCAAUGUUAUAUGUGCAGAGUUAUUCCCUGCUCCAUUGACACCAAUGGGCAACCAGCAGAGGAGUAGCAGUUCCGGAGAUGAGAAUCCAGGGCCUCCAAGGUCCCCAAGUUCCUCAAGCCUCUUAAAAAAUGGGCAGAAAGGGUCUCGAGGGCGGGGGAACCCCGAUGAUCAUGACAGCAGUUCCAAACAUGGGCAGAAAGGGUCUCGAGGGCAGGGGAACUCCAAUGAUCAUGACAGCAGUUCCAAACAUGGGCAGAAAGGGUCUCGAGGGCAGGGGAACUCCAAUGAUCAUGACAUCACUUCGAGAGAUGAGCAUCAAAAGUCUCCACAGCCACAGAGCCCCAAGUGCCCAUGUGAGUGGCCCUGGAAGCCCCCCAUAUGUACCGUACAUCUACCUCAUGCCAAUCAGCACAACUGCAUCGACACUGAUAAGCCUCCAAGGACUCCGGUAUCCAGGGAGCCGGUCUGCAGUUGUAUGGACAAUUUGCCUCCUCCGUGGCCAUUCUACCUCAGGGAGUCGAUCUGCAAUGAUAUGGACAGUGAGCCUCCUCUGUGGCCGUUCUACCGCAAGGAGUGGAUCUCCAAUGGCAUGGACAAUGAACCUCCUUCGUGGACGCCUUACACCUGGGAACAGAUGUGCAAUGGUAUGGAUAAUGAGCCUCCUCCGCUGUCACCCCACACCAGGCAGCGGAUCUGCAAUGGUAGGCUCAAUGAGCCUCCUCCAUGGCCGCCCUACCCGAGGCAAGUCUGUGACCAUAUGAGUAAUGCGCCAUUUGAUCAAGAGAGAGACAAUGCGCCUGCAUGGCCGCACCACUGCCUUGAUGAGGAAGUAGCAAAGGCCUUGCCCGGACCCUACAAACAACAUACUGAUGGCCACUGGAUGUAUGAUCAAGCCCCGCCUGAACCCUAUGAGCCUUGUCUCUGGAGGAAUGCCCGUGCAGGUCCCAUGUAUGGUCAGUUCACCCUCGACAACCCCAACAUGGAAGCUGCUGCCCUCAACCCCACGGAUGAGUCAGGCAAAGAUACCAGGUUCCCUCCUGAGCUUCAAGAGACCAUCCUCAUCUGGCACAUUGCCACAGACGUUUUCCUCUCGUGGAACCACACUGUGGUCCCAGCAGCGCUCCAAGAUCAUGGGAAGGCAAUCAAGGCGAUGUCAGAUUACAUGGUGUUCCUCCUCGCCAAACGCCCCAGCAUGCUGCCAGGCCUCAAGCUCCGCAGCCUGUACGAAAAAGCCCGCGCUACCCUUAGGGAGGUAGGGAAAAUUAAAGAGAAGGGUAAACCCACUAAUCACACAACAACGAAAGAGAAGGCAGCGAAGGAGCUUGCCACGUGGAUGCUGGAAAAUGUGGAUCAUCUCAAGGACCCAAGUUCUGCUAUCUGGGAAGGAAAAAUGAAGGAUCAUCUCAAGGACCCAAAUUGUGAAGGAAAAAUGAAGGAUCAUCUCAAGGACCCAAGUUCUGCUAUCUGGGAAGAUCAUCUCAAGGACCCAAAUUCUGUUAUAUGUGAGGGAAAAAAGAAGGAUCUCAAGGAUCCAAGUUCUGCUAUCUGGGAGGGGGGAAAGAAGGAUAAUCUCAAGGACGCAAAUUCUGCUAUCUGGGAAGGAAAAAAGAAGGAUCAUCUCAAGGGCCUUGCUACCCUCUGGGAAGGAACUCAAAUCGCCCAGGUCCUGCUGAGCCAAAUACAGGACGGAAAACAUGAUCAGAGAGAAACUAUGGCGGAAGAAUGCGUGUGGAAACUUGCAUAUUGGAUUCCAGGUUUGCUUGAACCUCAUCAGGAUUUGGAAGGCAUGUUAAAGUUCAUCCUGGAAGCAUGGGUGCAUCUGCUCAUGUACGCGUCCAUCCGGGGCAGCAGGGAGGCACAUGCCAAGCAGCUCAGCCGUGGUGGCGGGCUCACAACCCUCGUGUGGAUCAUCUCAGAGCACGCGGAGGACAGGUUUGUCAGAUCGAAGUGCCCAUCGUUUUUCCUUUGAAAAUGUUGUUCAUCUGUCUAGCAAGUUGUAUGUAUUCCCGGUUUGGUGGUCUCUGUUUGUAUCCGUGUAUCUCUCGAUUUGGUCGUAUUUGUGUCCAUGUAUUUCUUUGUUUCGCUGGUGAAUAAAAGACGUCUAUUGGUCA